UCAUUCCUUUGUUUCAGAUUCACCAAGAUGAAGACAGCAACCAACAUUUACAUCUUUAACCUGGCUCUGGCUGAUACCUUGUGUCUGAUGACCUUACCCUUCCAGGGUACAGACACGUUCCUGGGCUUCUGGCCCUUUGGCAACGUUCUGUGCAAGAUUGCCAUCUCUAUAGACUACUACAACAUGUUCACGAGCACCUUCACCCUGACGAUGAUGAGCGUGGACCGUUACAUCGCCAUCUGCCACCCUAUCAAAGCCCUGGACAUCCGCACGCCCCACAAGGCCAAAGUGGUCAACGUCUGCAUCUGGGCCCUGGCUUCUGUCUUUGGCAUCCCGGCGAUGGUGAUGGGAUCUGCAGAGAAUGAAAACAACGAAAUUGAUUGUCUCAUUAAACUCCCUUCGCCCGUGGAUUACUGGGAUCCGGUGUUUGGCAUCUGUGUCUUUCUCUUCUCCUUCAUGAUCCCCGUGUUGAUCAUCACCAUCUGCUACAGUCUCAUGAUCAGACGACUCAAGAAUGUCCGUGUCCUCUCAGGCUCCAAGGAGAAGGACCGAAACCUGAGGCGCAUCACCCGGAUGGUCUUGGUGGUGGUGGCGGUCUUCAUCAUUUGCUGGACUCCCAUCCAGAUUUUUGUGCUGGUCCAGUGCUUGGGUGCCAAGGCAGAAAGCGAGCUCGAGCUGGCCAUCUCCUGCUUCUGCACGGCGCUGGGCUACGCCAACAGCAGCCUCAACCCUGUGCUCUACGCCUUCUUAGACGAGAACUUCAAGGCGUGCUUCAAGAAGUUCUGCUUCCCCACCGCCUUCAGGACCGAGCUCCAGAUGUCCAACAGGAUGUGCAGCAUCGCCAAGGACGUGGCCUAUGCCUGCAAGAACUCAGAGGGGACUAACAAUCCGGCCUGA